UUCACAAAGUCAACCACGUUCUGCCUUUGUCAGAGUUCACUUACAUAAAGAGCCCUUUAGCGUCGUCUUAAGCUAAAGUGAGCUCAAGCACUUCACCCUGCCACUGGUUGUAAGGCACCUGCUGUAAAAUGACCCUGAAACCAUUAACUCCAGUGAACUGUGCGAGCCUUCUACAGCCCGGCUGCUCCCUGCUGCAGCUGGACGGUGAAGUUCUCCUGUUUGGCCAGAAAGGCUGGCCGAAGCGCUCGUGUCCGACUGGAGUGUUUGUGGUGCGGCUUAAACGUGACGAGUUGAAACUGAGGCCCAUCUCCUUCUCCAAUGAGUCGUGCUACCUCCCCCCGCUACGUUGCCCAGCUGUUUGCCGUCUCGACCCCUACGACGGGCUUCCAGAGAGUUACCUCAUCCACGGUGGCCGCACGCCAAAUAAUGAGAUCUCAUCAAGCUUGUACCUGCUGACUGUGGACAGUCGUGGCUGCAAUCGCAAAUUGACUUUGCGCUGCAAAGAGAAAGAGCUGGUGGCAGAGGUGCCAGGGGCCCGAUACGGCCACACCAUGAGCAUGGUUCAAAGUCGUGGGAAGACAGCUUGUGUGUUGUUUGGGGGUAGGUCCUACAUGCCUGCGGGGGAGCGCACCACAGAGAGCUGGAACAGCGUGGUUGACUGUCCUCCUCAGGUGUUCUUGUUUGACCUGGAGUUUGGGUGCUCGUCUGCUCACACUUUACCCGAGCUCAGCGAUGGCCAGUCCUUCCAUGUCGCCAUUGCCAGAGAAGACUCCGUCUACUUCAUUGGAGGUCACUCACUGGCCUCCGACUCACGUCCACCUCGUCUGUUUCGCCUGCGCGUCGAGCUAUUGCAGGGCAGCCCCUUGCUUUCCUGUGAGAUCCUGGACACUGGCUUGUCCAUCUCUAGCGCCAUUGUCACCCGUACGGGACCCGCUCACAGAUACAUCAUCUUAGGGGGGUAUCAGUCAGACUCGCAGAAGAGGAUGCAGUGCAACACGGUCAUUCUGGAUGAGAAAGGGAUCCACUUUGAGCCCCUAGAACCACCCAAUUGGACCCAAGACGUCAUCCACAGUCGCACUUGGUUUGGUGGCAGUGCUGGGGAGGGAAGCGUCCUACUAGGUGUGCCGACCGAAGGAAGGCCUUCCCAACCGGAAUUGCAUUACUUCUAUUAUUUGAGCUUCCAGUCGGAUGAAAAAUGCACAGAGGAAGAAGGAACCCAGACCUGCAGCCAGGAGUCAACAGACUUCGAUGACUCCACUCCUCUUGAAGACUCAGAGGAGCUCUACUUUGGUCGUGAGCCACACGAGCUGGACAGCAGUGACGGAGAAGAGGGCACCUACAAUGAAGAGGACGAGGAAGACGAAUCGCAAACAGGUUACUGGAUCAAAUGCUGUCUAUCCUGUCAGGUCGAUCCCAACACAUGGGAGCCGUACUACUCCACUGAGCUCCACCGGCCUGCUAUGAUUUUCUGCUCCAGAGGAGAAGGUGGGCACUGGGUGCAUGCGCAGUGCAUGGAGCUGUCUGAGACCCUGCUGGUCAGACUCUCUCAGGGCAACAAAAGAUACUUCUGCUUGGAACACGGUGGCCUGCCCUACCAGGAGAUGACCCCACCUCGAGAGACCCUGCCCCUGAAGCGCACCCCAUUGAAAGUAAAGGACAGAAAGACACCUCUGGUCAUCAAGAUGUCUCCUGCCAAGAAAAGCUUUUUCAGAAGGCUUUUUGAUUGACUCUAGUUGUCACUAUCUUGUGUACACGAUCACUGAUAUGCAUGAUUUGUAUCUUUUGGUUUAUAUUCACUGGGUAAAAAACACAAUAUGCGAAAGUGAAGAAUUUCAUCUGUUAUUGUCUAUAGACUGUGUUCACUGAUGUUUUACACUCUAGGACAAAAAAAUAUACUUUUUUUUAUCAUUGUUUACAGUUUAAGUUUUUAUUCACUGUAAAAAUUGUUAAGUGCUGCAGACUGUGCACAAAGUGGAGCUGAAUGUGAUUAUUAAACUGACAAUUUCUUAAUAAAACUCCG